AUGGCCACCAAUCUCCUCACUUUCACCCCCGCCGGCAUCCGUGCCUGUGCCGCCUCCGCCGACCGCCGCUCCGACCUUAACCGUCGCAAAGCCUCAUCCUCUACCAACUGGUGGGCCCCGGUCUUCGGCUGGUCCUCCGAACCCGACUAUAUUGACUCCGCCGCCAACAAGGCUGAACCUCAGAACCUUGCCGGCGCUGCUUCCAAACCAGAUCUGGAGACGAAGUCCGUUAGGGGUCGAUUUUCCCCUGGCUGCUUCACCGAAGCGAAGGCUCGACAGCUGCGAAUGAUGACGACGGAAACAGAGUCGUUUCACGACGUUAUGUACCACUCGGCGAUCGCAUCUCGUCUGGCUUCCGACUUCAAAAGUCGUGGCGAUUCUUGAUUCCGCGGCCGUCGGUCCCUCUUAUCUACUACUUUUGCAAUUAUGUAUGUUAAAUUUUGUACAAAUUAAUUGCAAAUUCAGGGAUUAAAGAGUUGUAAA